GGAGCGCGGACCGCAGAGCACCGGGAACGUGGACGCGGCCGGCUCGCUGCAUGGCUGGGUACCAGAAAUCGGCUUGUGUCUUUCUUCAGUGUCAAAGGUUUCACACUACCAUAAGCAGGCACAAAGGCAAAACAGCUACAGAGCAUCUCUGGCUGGUGAGGCACUUGAAGGACCCAUUUGUGAAAGCUGCAAAAGUAGAAAAUUACCGUUGCCGAAGUGCCUUCAAACUUCUAGAGAUACAUGAGAAGCACCAGAUUUUCCAUCCUGGGCUUCGAGUAUUAGACUGCGGUGCUGCCCCUGGUGCAUGGAGCCAAGUAGCUGUCCAGAAAGUCAAUUCCGCAGGUGCAGAUCCCAACUCCCCUGUUGGUUUUGUCCUUGGAGUGGAUCUCCUUCAUAUAUUUCCACUGGAGGGAGCAAUUUUCCUCUGUUCUGCUGAUGUAACUGACUCAAGGACCAUCAAAAAAAUUCAAGAGCAACUUCCUGGCCAGAAAGCUGAUGUGAUUUUGAGUGAUAUGGCACCCAAUGCAACUGGAUUUCGGGAGCUUGAUCACCAAAAGCUCAUAAACAUGUGUCUGUCUCUUCUGAACUUUGCUUCAAGUAUAUUACAUCCAGGGGGCACGUUCUUAUGUAAAUUUUGGGAUGGAGGUCAACGACAUCUCUUACAGAAUAGGCUGGAAAAAGAAUUCAAGAGUGUCAGGACUAUAAAACCUGUAGCUAGCAGGAAAGAAUCAUCAGAGACUUACUUUUUGGCAAAAUUAUACCGAGGAAUUAAAACACCUUCAAAAGAGUAAAAGUUACAUUUAUUCUUACCAAUAGGGUUAUUGGGGCUUAUAUUAAUUAAAAAUUUGAAUCAGACUUUGGACUAUUGCUGUGUAAAUAUAAUGUACUAUGUAAAUGAAAUGUAAGUAGUAAGCAAAGAAUAGGGGAACAUUUAUUCUACUGAGUCACAUACAGAAUCUGUAGCUGAAAGUGCCAUUAGAGAUUAUGUACCCCAACUUGCACUUCUUAUUUUAUAGAGAGGACAAUUGAAGCCCCUAGAGGUUUAGUGACUUCUUCAAGGUUAGUAGGUGAGCUAGAAUUUGAGCCCAGUCUUCUGACUCCAAGUUUAUAUCAAUGCCCUCUGCCCCACCCCCAACAUUAAUUUGUUUUCUUUGAAAAACAAAAUACCACUCUUUUUUUAUGUCUGAAUGUUUAUGAAUUCUUGUGUGGAGAUGAGUCUCUGGUAUUAAGGACAUCCUUCAAUCAGUAUAUUUUUUGCUUUAUGGUUUAAAUAAAUAGAUAUUCAUGAAAUAGCACUAAAAUGUGAUA